CGGCCACGGAGGAAGGAGUGCGUUCGUCCGCUCCGAAAACCGAGCUACGAAUCACGGAGUUAAAUCCCCGUAGAGUGUUAAUCUAAUCUUUUACUUGUACAGUGAAGCCACACCCUGAUAAUUGGGGCGUGUGGGUGCUAGAACUACACGCUGGUGGUUAGGGGCGUAUUAGGGGUAUUACUACACGCUGAUAGGGGAGUGUUACAGCGUAUAUCUACACGCUGUUACAGAGUUUAACUACAGGCUCAUCGGAGUGUUUUACAGGGUAUAACUACACGCUGACAGUAGGGGUGUGUAACAGGGUAUAACUACACGCUGACAGUUAGGGGCGUGUUACAGCGUAUAACAGCACGCUGGUAGGGGUGUGUUAGAGGUAUAACUACACGCUGUUAGAGGUAUUUCUACACGCUGAUAGAGAAGUGUUAGAGCGUAUAUCUACACGCCACUAGUUGCUAUGGACUAGGGCGACAUGAAGGCGUCAGUCAUCUUGCUGGUCGGGCUGCUGGGCGCUGCUCAGCGUGCCCAGGCCGACUGCUGUGUGUCCCGCCCCUGCCGCUGCGACGACCCGGGCCCACCGGGGGCGCCGGGCCUCCCGGGCCUGCAGGGCCACACGGGCUUCCCUGGAGACCCGGGCUACGAGGGCCCCACGGGUCAGCCCGGGCCCUAUGGGGACACGGGGGACCCCGGCAGUAUGGGCCCCAAAGGGUCCCGCGGGGACCAAGGGAUGCCGGGCUUCAAGGGGACCGCGGGCAUCCCGGGCCUGCCCGGGUCGCAGGGCAUCCGCGGGGCCCUCGGCAUCCCGGGGUGCAACGGGACCGACGGCCGGCCCGGGGCCCCGGGCUAUCCGGGCCCAGCGGGCCUACCGGGCCCUGAAGGCCCCAAGGGGGUGCCGGGGUUCAAGGGGGACUCGGGGGAGGGGGGGAUCAACUCCCCCGGGGCGCGGGGGGAGAGCGGCACCCCGGGCCUCGCGGGGGUCCAGGGCAUCCGCGGGAUGAAGGGCAACAAGGGCUACCCGGGCCCCGAGGGCAUACGGGGGCUGCAGGGUUCACCGGGUCGGCCUGGUUGGGACGGGCCCAAGGGAGACCCCGGGGACCCGGGGGGACUAGUGGAGGCCAUGAAGGGGGACAUGGGGGAGCGGGGGCCCGACGGCAGCCCCCCGGACUACGAGCUCACAGGGCCCCAGGGCCCCGCGGGGCUGCCGGGCUUCCAAGGAGACCGCGGGCGGGAUGGCUACCCGGGCGGAGGGGGCAACCGGGGCCUGCCCGGCGAGCCCGGACCCCCCGGACCCGCGGGAGACCCGGGCCGACAAGGGAUCAGCCCUCCGGGGGACCCUGGCAUACAAGGGUUCCCGGGCGUCCCAGGCAUCCAGGGCCCACGGGGGGACGUGGGCCCCCCGGGGUUCGCGGGUCGUAAAGGGUUCGUCGGGGACCCCGACUUUGGGGCCAAGGGUCGGGACGGCAGACCGGGCCGCGCGGGGGUCAACGGUCUUCAGGGUCAACAGGGCGACGCGGGCCGGCCAGGUCUCAAGGGCAUACCGGGCCUCGGUGUCCCCAUCAAGGGCCCCAAGGGCUUCAAGGGCUUCAUGGGCCCCACGGGGGACCCGGGAUUCAGCCCCCGGGACGCCCCCAACGGGGUCCCGGGCAUCAAGGGCCCCACGGGCGACGCCUGCAUCCCGCGGCCCCAGUCCCCAUGCCUCCCCGGAGAGCGGGGGGACCCGGGGUACCCAGGCAGCCCGGGGUUCAAAGGGGAGCCCGGGUUCCCGGGCCCCGCGGGCAGGAAGGGCAUCGCGGGGAACGUGGGCCUCGCGGGCAACCGCGGGCCCGACGGUAUCGCGGGAUCAAACGGCCUCUCUGGGUACGCGGGGCGCAAGGGGGAGCCAGGCUCCCUAAUCCCGGGCCCCGCACUGCCCGGGGUCAGGGGAGACCCAGGCUUCCCGGGCCCCAUUGGUGACGCCGGGCCUCGAGGGCCUCAGGGGCGGCCCGGCGCUGAUGGACGAGUGGGCGCCGCAGGCGAGCAGAAUAGGGGCUACCAAGGGCAGGCGGGCCCAAAGGGCAUCAAGGGCGCGGCCGGCGGUUUCUUCACCUUAGAGGCAGAGCGCGGGGACCCUGGACCCGCAGGUUACCCUGGAAGGCCCGGCAACCCUGGGCCCGUUGGGAUCCGGGGCCCCAAGGGCGUGCGAGGCAAUGUGGGGACACCUGGGCCCAAGAUGGACGGGCUGACGGGCCUCAAGGGCUACCCAGGAAUCGUUGGGGCCCCAGGCUUCAGGGGACAGAUUGGGGCCCAAGGGGCCCAAGGCGACCCAGGCAUUGACGGGACCCCCGGGGACAAAGGAGACGCUGGGGACGCGGGACGUUCAGACGUGGCGGGCCCACCGGGACAGCCGGGCCUCCCUGGCUCUAAAGGGGAGACUGGGGACCAAGGCUUCCCCGGGGCCAAGGGGUUCUAUGGCUACCCGGGAACCGUGGGGCCCAGGGGGCCCAAGGGCAUCGCUGGAUUACCUGGGAUUAACGGCAGGAAGGGUCAACGCGGCAACCAGGGCAUCAGCGUCCCCGGGGAGAGGGGACCGCCAGGGGACCAAGGGUUCAACGGCUUUCCAGGGUUCCCUGGCAACCCCGGCCAGAUAGGGAUGUCAGGGUUGCCGGGCCAAAGAGGGUUCCCGGGUCGGAAGGGGGAGCCUGGGAUAUACGGCAGCGUCGGGGCCCCAGGAGACCCAGGGUUCGACGGACGACCCGGGGCCUUGGGACAACCGGGACGUCAUGGGGCCUACGGCGUCAAGGGACAGCCUGGAGAUGGCGGGUUCAGAGGACGCCCGGGGCUUGCCGGGGACCCUGGGACUGACGGGGCCAUCGGGCCACGAGGAGAUUUUGGACCGGAAGGCAUACCAGGGAACCGAGGCUUUGACGGAAACCCGGGCCCCAAGGGCCAACCCGGAGACAUCGGACCCCAGGGUUACCGCGGGGCCCCGGGACUGUCGGGGAUCUUCUCGGGCCACGGCGACCCGGGGGUGCAAGGUGACCCUGGUGCUCCGGGCCAGGAUGGGCCCCAAGGACGUGUGGGACGCAUCGGGGCCCCGGGUCCUGAUGGUCGCGCCUUCCCGGGCCCAAAAGGGCCCAAAGGCAUCCCGGGCGACCCCGGCCGAGCCGGCGCCCCAGGGUUUAACGGAUUAAAGGGCCUCCCUGGGGACGCGGGCACCCCGGGGGCGACGGGGGAGCCGGGGGUGCGGGGGGACGUGGGCUUCCCCGGCCUCCCCGGCAUCGUGACGUUCGCUUUGCCCGGACCCGCGGGGCCCCAGGGCCCCAAGGGCAUGAGUGGGGACCCAGGCUUCUUUGGCCUCGCAGGCACCCCCGGCGACCGCGGGUUCCCCGGCACGCCUGGAGCCCCCGGGCCACAGGGAGCCGUCGGAGAGCGAGGCCCCACGGGGCCCUCAGGAUUCGGCAACAAGGGCGACAUGGGCGAGCCAGGGAGGCCCCAGGACCCGGGCCCACCGGGCCCCCCCGGGACACCCGGCGCCGACGGCACCAAGGGGGCGCGGGGGGACGACGGUUUCCCCGGCAUACGGGGCCCCGAUGGCUUUCCGGGACAGUCUGGAGACCCUGGGACCGCGGGCCCACCGGGCCCACCCGGCCUCCCCGGCACCCCCACGGGGCGCGGGCCCCCCGGGGCUGAUGGAUGGCCCGGACAGGACGGGAUCCCGGGUAGACCGGGCCAGAAGGGCCGACCGGGUGACUUCGGGCCCACAGGGCCCAUUGGGGCCCCGGGCCUUCCCGGCCUAACAUUCCCCGGACAGAGAGGGGACCCCGGCUUCCGAGGGCCCGUGGGGCUCCCGGGCCGGCCGGGCCGCAGCGGGCUGGACGGCAGACCGGGCCUGCAGGGCAGACCCGGGGACCAGAAGGGGGAGCGGGGGGACGCGGGCUACCCCGGCCCACCAGGACCCAAGGGUCUACCGGGUCCACCGGGACCAGAACAGCUGCGGGACGGCAGCAAGGGGGCCAAGGGCGCCCCGGGCGAAGCGGGCCUGCCAGGACUGCCCGGGGCCCACGGGGCCCGCGGGUCAGCAGGGGCUGUAGGAUACAGCGGGCCCGAUGGCCUCCCGGGCUACAAGGGUGAACGUGGCAUCCCGGGCCUCGCGGGGGCCCCAGGCUUCAAGGGCGCCACGGGGAUCAGAGGCCUUGUGGGCCUCGCGGGAGCCCCAGGCAUCCCCGGGUUCAUGGGUGACCCCGGGGUUGGGGGACCCGUAGGGUUCCCGGGACAGCGGGGUGAUGAUGGCAGGUUCGGCGCCGUGGGCCUGCCGGGACUACUGGGCCUACGGGGCGACGUCGGGGCCCCGGGAUACGCUGGGGCCCCCGGGCCUGCUGGUUACCCCGGCCCCGCGGGUGUGCCAGCUCCCCCAGCCCCGGGCCCGCGGUCCCGUGGGUACCUGCUCACCCGGCACAGCCAGACGGUGGAGGUCCCCCGCUGCCCCCUGGGGAUGCCCCCCAUGUGGGAGGGCUACUCCCUCCUGCACGUCAUGGGGGACGGCCGCGCCCAGAGCCAGGACCUGGGAGCCCCAGGGUCGUGUCUGCGCAAGUUCAGCACCAUGCCCUACCUCUUCUGUAACCCCAACAACGUCUGCGACUUCGCGCAGCGGGGCGACUACUCCUACUGGCUGUCCACCCCCGAGCCCAUGCCCAUGAUGAUGAACCCCAUCACCGGGCCAGAGAUCGAGAAGUACAUCUCCAAGUGCGUGGUAUGCGAGGCCCCCUCUUCGGUUAUCGCCCUGCACAGCCAGAGCGUCGACAUCCCCGACUGCCCCCCCAACUGGGACAGCCUCUGGAUCGGCUACUCCUUCAUCAUGCACACUGACGCAGGCGCUGAAGGAGGCGGCCAAAACCUGAUGUCCCCAGGCUCCUGCAUUGAAGACUUCAGACCGACGCCCUUCAUCGAGUGCCACGGUCACGGCAGAUGCAACUACUUCACCACCGCUAUCAGCUACUGGAUGGCCACCAUCGAGCUCCGGGACCAGUUCUCUAGACCCCGGCAGCAGACCCUGAAGGCGGGCGACCUCAAGACCCGCGUCAGCAGGUGCAACGUCUGCAGCAGAAGUGCGGUGGUCGUAACGGGCAAUGAAGUUCAGCCUAACAUGGAGCCCUUCAUGCUGGAAGAGAGUAAGAAGGACGCCAUGAUGGAGUAUGAAGGAGGGUUCAUGAAGGGCUCCAACGCCCAGUACGGAGGGGUCUUCGGCAGUAGUGGGUCCUCUUCCUCUGGGUUCGGGGGGUUCGGGACCAGCGGGACCAGUUUCGGGGCCCAAGGAGGUAGAAAUGGUGGAGGUGGAUAUGGGUAUGGUGGACAAGGAGGUGGAUACGGAGGACUUGAGUCAGGAUAUGGCACUGGUGGACAAGGAGGCGGAUACGGAGGACUUGAGUCAGGAUACAGUGGUGGACAAGGAGGUGGAUACGGAGGAGUUGAGUCAGGAUACAGUGGUGGACAAGGAGGUGGUUACGGAGGAGUUGAGUCAGGUUACGGUACUGGCGGACAAGGAGGUGGAUACGGUGGCUAUGGCAAUUACGGCACAAAUGGCGAAUACACGGGAUACAGUUACGGCACUGACGGAGGAAGUGGAUACGAAUUGUUUACGGGAGAAGCUGUGCCGGCGAGCGCCAUACAGCGGAGACCCGCGGCCAGGAGAACUGGAAGCAGGGCGGGGUAGGUCACUUUCGGACAUAGGGGCUUCUGGCAGGGCGGGGUAGAGCAUUUUCGGGCAAAAGGGCUUCUGGCAGGGCGGGGUAGGGCAUUUUCGGGCAUAAGGGCUUCUGGCAGGGCGGGGUAGGGCACUUUCGGACAUUAAGGGCUUCUGAUAGGGUAGAGUAUAGGCAUAUUCAGGGUAGAGGCGUAUUCAAACAUAAAGGUCUUUGUAAGGCCACGAUAGGGCAUAUUCGAUCACGAAGUCUGCUGGGGAUGAUGGCUGACGUUAUAUUUGGGAAUAACAAUGAAAAAACAAUGUGAAAAUAGCCUCCUAAGUUAGUUGGGCGUACUUAAGUCACUAUUUUUAUACAUGGUUACCGAAACUGAGAUGCAGACGUCAUGUCUAGCAUUUGACGCGGUCUUGUUGUUUUGUGGUCAACUCGAACUUCCUUGCACAAAAAUUUCCGAUGGACAAGCGGACACCGCUUUAGAUGGACAAGUGAACCACCACUUCAGAUGGACAAGUGGACCACCACUUGUCCACAAGUGGUGGUCCACCACUUGUGAACCACCACUUCAGAUGGACAAGUGGACCACCACUUCAGAUGGACAAGUGAACCAUCCCUUCAGAUGGACAAGUGGACCACCACUUCACAUGGACAAGUGAACCACCACUUCAGAUGGACAAGGGGACAACCAUAUCAGAUGGACAAGUGGACCACCGCUUCAGAUGGACAACUGGACCACCACUUCAGAUGGACAACUGGACCACCACUUCAGAUGGACAAGUGGACCAUCCCUUCAGAUGGACAAGUGGACCACCGCUUCAGAUGGACAACUGGACCACCACUUCAGAUGGACAAGUGGACCACCACUUCAGAUGGACAACUGGAACACCACGUCAGAUGGAUAAGCGAACGAACCUUUGCCAAGUGUCCACCAGUGUCAUCACACUGAUGACAGUUAUAGCGUCAGUGUUUUUUCACAUAAUUUUAGUUUAACUGUUAAGAGCUGGUAAAAUUUAGAGAAUUUUUUAUUAAUUUUAGACCUAGGUAGAAGUAAGCUAAGGAACCCCUUAUUCUCCAUAGAUUCGGAGGAUCAACAGAAGUAAUUCAACUCAGAAGCUGCAGGCGGUCGAAAUGUUUCAUUUUUCCAUCGAUUCCAAUUGUAAAUGUUGAAAAACUUUUACGUAACAAUAUUUUAGGCAAGCAAUUGUUUGAGCAAAAUACUGAGAUUUCGGUUUUACAGUGAAGGUAAUUGCUUUCUUAUAGCGCUUUUUAGGGUAAGGAAAUUUGCUGAAUAUCAGUUAGGGUAAUUUUGGCGCUAGUAACUGUUCAUCAUUGUCAAUCGCAACUCACUUCAUGAAAUGUUUCUCGUCAAUUAACUCCAUUUAAUGAACCUAACGUUCGUAUAAUCAGAUCAUGUCUCCUCUCUUAUGAAAAAUUGAAAUUAUAGACAAUUCGUGUAUGAUAAAUCUGGACUCAGUUCUAAUUUAGUGAAAAAAGUGGCAACCUUAGUACUUUUGAGUUGCCAUUGAUUGCUAUUUUCCCGAUCUUCUUCAUGAUUAAAUGUAAAAUCUUUUUAAUACAUGAUGAUGCAAAAUCACAGAAUAAUUUACUGGUAUGAUCAUAGAAUCGGAAACGAAAGUAAUUCAAUAGCUUAUUAUUUGCCACUAUUUAGUGCACUUUAUAGAUAAUCCAUCAGUCCAGAGUGUAGGAAAACAUUUUCCCGCCAUAACGUCCAGAGUGUAGGAAAACAUUUUCCCGCCAUAACGUCCAGAGUGUGGGAGAACAUUUUCCCGCCAUAACGUCGCGUGGUUUUCAUUAGUCUGUACACUGCCAUGUAAGUUUAGCAAUAAAACCUGAGCAAUGAGCC